AUGAGCACCACCAAGAAGACCGUCUUCAUCACGGGAAGCACGCGCGGCAUCCGCCUCGCCCUGGCGACUUACUACACCAAGGCUGGCUGGAACGUCGUUGGCACGGCCCGUGCCAACAGCAACACCGACAAGAUCGUCACGAUCGACACGACUAACGAAGAGUCCGUGGCCGAUGUGGCUCGUCAGCUGGAGGGCGUGGCCAUCGACCUGCUCAUCAACAACGCGGGCACUGGCUGGCUCACGGAGAUCGUCGAGCCCACCAAGGCCAUGUUUCUGAGUGUGUACGAGGUCAACGUUGUGGGUCCGUUCCUCGUCACGCGAGCGCUGCAGCCCAACCUGCAGCUGGCCUCCGUCGCGCAGAUCUCGUCACUUCUGGGCAGCAUCAGCAGCAGGGAUGGGAAGUUUGAAAUAAAGAUGUAG